GAGUAAACAAACUAAAUCUGAAACUCAGAAUUUAGGGAAAAUUGCAAGAGACUUUACCAUUGAAAAGUUCACUGGCAGAAACUUAAAUCCCUACCAGUGGAUUAAGAAUUUUAAUAAAGAAUGUGAACGGUUUCAAAUAAAAGAGGAUAGGAAAAAGAUUGAGAUAUUGAAGAAUUUUAUGGAAAAUUCCAGCAUAGAUUGGUAUAGCUGCAUGAUUAUGAAAUUUACAGUGGAAUCAGAAUGGGAACAAUGGGAGAGAAAUUUUUGUGAAACUUUUGCAAACAAAGGAUGGUCACCCAUUAGAUAUGCUUUCGCGUUUAAGUAUCAAGCAGGUUCAUUGCUUGAUUAUGCCUUGAAAAAAGAAAAACUGAUACUGGAAGUAAGGAAAACUAUUGAUACUGGAACACUUAUAGAUCUUAUAGCAUUUGGUUUACCCAGUUAUGUGGCGGACAAAAUUGAUAGAGGAACUUUAGUAAGUACGGAGGAUCUUUACAAUAAUAUUGGACAGUUGGAACAUCUUGUCGGGAGAAAUAAAUUCGACAAAAAAAAUACUACACAAUAUUCUGAUACAAAACAAAGAAAAACUGAAGAGAAAAAACCAUGCUCAAUUUGUGUGAAAGAAAAGAAAGGGAAACGUUAUCACUCUGAGGAAAAUUGUUGGUUUAAGAAUAAAAACCAAACAUCAGUUGUGAAGACUGUAAAUAACUCGGAAUUAGAAGUAGAACUGAACGAGGAGAAUCAAAAAAACUAGAGGUGCCACCAUUAAUAAAAGUAAAGUUACUAUUAAAUGACACUUUAAAUGUUUCUGGAAUCUAUGACUCGGGUU